AUGAUUAUUUGUUUCUGGAACAUUAGAGGAUUUAACAAUCCUCUAAAGCAAAAUAAAGUGCUUCAAAGGGCAGCACAGAAUAAAGUUGAUAUCUUAUGCUUGUUAGAAACUAGAGUCAAACUUGAAAAGUCCAAGGAAAUCAUUGAAACUAAACUUGACAACUGGAAUGUCAUUUCCAAUUAUGAGUUUGCUAUUAAUGGAAGAAUUUCGGUGCUUUGGAAGAAAUGUUUAGACAUCAUUACUCUAUUCAUAUCUGAUCAAAUUAUUACUGUUAAAGGAAAAUUUCUUGGAAAUCCGGUUGUUAUUUCUGCAGUUUAUGGGGAAAAUGAUGCCUCGACUCCUGAAAUGAAAGAAUUUCAGGAUUUAACCCAGGAUCUUGAUCUCCAUGAACAUUCUUUUAUUUGCCCUCUUUUAACAUGGAGCAACAAACAAUCAGGAUCUUACCUUGCAAGGAAACUUGACAGGGUUGUUAUUAAUCCUAUUUGGGUUCUCUCAUUAUACAACUCUCAUAUCGAAUUCGUUGCCCCUGGUGUUCCAGACCAUUGUAUGGCUUUAACUUGGCUUUCAAAAGAAACCCACAUUAAUCGUCCAAAGCCCUUCAAAUUCUUCAAUUUUUGGACACGACAUUCUAGAUUUUUUAGAAUAGUUGAACAGUCUUGGCAAACUCCUUUCCACGGGAACCCUAUGAUGAUAUUGUUUCUUAAACUUAAGCAUCUCAAGAAUCUUAACAAGUCUUGCUAUAGUGACAUCUCUUCUCGGUUUUUUCAAAAGAGGCUUGAACUCGAACAACAACAAAUUCUCUCUUUAAAAGGUGAAGACUCUUUUGAAAAAGAGCAGCAAAUUCAAAAUGAAUUGUUUAUCCUUGAAGAAGCUGAAUUAUUAUUUCUAAAGCAAAAAACCAAACAACAAUGGAUCAAGUAUGGAGACAAAUACUUCAAAAUUUUUCAUUCUGCCGCAGCAGUCAAGAACAAAAAAGAGACUAUCCGAUUGCUUGUUGAUGACCAAGGAAAUAGACUUGAUUCCUUUGAUACAAUGGCUGCUGAAGUGAUUCAAUUCUUCACCAAUCUGAUUAGAACGACUGAUCCUAGGGUCAAAGACAUUGACCAGAAUCUCUUGAAAGAAAUCCUUAAUUAUUCUCUGCCAGGAGAAUUUGUCUCAAUGCUUGUUCAAGAUGUCACUACCGAAUAG